AACAGAGACAGGACUGGAAUGGGGCGGAGUGGAUUCACGAGGAGGAGGGCUGGAUGACUGGGAAUGAUCGCAUGUGAGGAGGAUAUCAGGACGAGAGAAUCGAAGGACGAACUUCAAAGGGACCGUUGUCGCCGCACAACUUCUCACAGGACCCGAACUCAUACAACUCGGACGACAUCUGGAAAGAGGAUAAGAGGGAUGGAAGAUGCCGCGACUAAGUUGUGUGUACUGUUUCUAUGACCGGACUAAAUGUCACGUCGGCGUUCAGGACGACUCGAGAAUCGGAGUCGCGUUCAUUAUGUAAUACCUAUUGUGGAAGCAUCAGUUCGAUCCUUCUUGAGCCAGUACCAGUUUCAUCUACUGGACACUCAUGGCGAAAUGAAAAAGGGACGUACAUCGGCAUUUAUAUACUUAGAGAUGGACGCGAUCGAUGCAUUUCCAGUGCGAUUGUCAUCGGGAUAAGAUCGAUGCAUUUCCAGUGCGAUUGUCAUCGGGAUAAGAUGUUGGUACUUACUCCUGAAUGCGGGUGCCACCUGCAGAUCGCUCACUGCUUGCGCCCAGAAAUCGGAUGAAAGAUCAACAUCAUCCUCAGACAAUGCCAAGUUUCAGGAUGGCAAAGACAAGGCGAGUAAUGGGGUAACGGCAAUAGAUUAAGCUCAUGAAGUGUAGGCUUUCGCAAACAGGGCCCGUGCUAUGCAAUACCACAUCGAGGAUCGUCAUCGGACAGCUUCGAAUGAGACAUGGUGAACAGGGAAAGAAGCCACUAAUGGGAUAGCCAGUGCAUAAAACCAUCCAUUCUUCGACCAUCGUCCAGUGCGUGCAUCACGCAACAACGGCACUGGAGAUACAGAACAGGAAAGCAGACCCUGGAGUGUACGCACCUAAUCCAGACAAUCAUAAUCAACGGAGCCUUGAGGAUGUCAAGAGAUCAUGUCGCAGGAUUCAGGUCGAUAUCUUCAGCGUCAAGAAGAUUCUUCAAUCUGCAAAAGGAAUGCACGAAAUCUGAAAUAAGUGGAAGUUGAAGCCGGAGGAACGGAAAACACCUGGCUCGCCUCGCGAUCACCUGAUGCAAGGUGGUGCCCGUCACUGCCAGUUUGACUGCCGUGUCCAUAUACAUGCAUCUCCAACUCAAGUCUCUAGGGCUGCAUCGCCCCUUUGUCCCAUGCAUUCUCUUGAUCUGUAUCCGAUCGAACGCUCAGACCUCUCAUUCGUCUGACGUACGACGUGCCAAAAGUCUGUGUAACACGGACACAGAUUGCCACCCGAUCUCUUCCCAGCCUUGCACAACGAUUGGACCCAUGUAAAGUCGUAUGCAAUCGGAAUAUAUGCGGAUGUCUCGCCGGCUCGUUAUCUAUUUUUACAUCGACUGACAGCGCCGUGGAGCCGAAUUCUCUUAGGCGACCCCCAGCCAACCGGAAGCCUCGCUGCACUUUUCCGUAGCCAUUCGCCGACGUUCGGACGCGGCAUCCAUCCACCUUCUAUUGGGCAUCAUCGAUGGACGAAGCAUCACCUUUGUGUCUGUGCGGAAGAACCUCGCACUUGUCUAGUGAAUACCGGUUUACCAGAUGACGAUGUUCCAAACAUAGACUGCGUCACCAUCCUUCCAUGUCGAGUCCCGAGUUCCGACCCAGUGAGCCCCUUCGGAAUUUUUACUGGGCUGCUGCCGCUCUGCUGCGUCUCCCCAAUCAGGAUACCCGCGUGAUGAUGCAGAAGAUAUGACGCCGCAGGCAGCACCUGCUUGUAUGACGAUGACACAGAUCUCUGUUUCACCAAGGUACUUUCCGCGGUCCGCUCUGGCUUUGCGAUCCGCCACAAGACCUCGGUGGUGGUCAUGGAUACGGUCUGGUGGUGCUGCCCUGGGCAUUAUAAGACUGGACGAUCUAUGCGCGGUCACUCGCUGUGAUCCUGGUCACUCACAAAAUGCUGCUGCAACUGGUCCUCUCUGCGGUCUCGCUCGCACUUCUUCCUGUCGCUCACGCCGUCGUCGGCCCCGGAAAAGUGACGGGCGACACGGCGGUGCACGACCCGACGAUGUGCAAGCGGUCGGAUGGAACCUACUUCGUGUUCUCUACAGGAACAGGAAUCGAAAUCCGGACCUCGCCCGAUCGGACGGCCUGGACGCAUGUGGGCUCGGUGUGGCCCAACGGCGCGAGCUGGACGGAUGCGUAUACUGGUACUAGUAACGGAGCACUGUGGGCUCCGGACUGCACGGUCGUCGGAAACACAUUCUAUCUCUAUUACUCGGCAUCUACUUUUGGCUCGCAAAAGUCGGCAAUUUUCUUCGCCAAGUCGACGACUGGUAUGCCGGGAAGCUUCACGAACGAGGGUCUCGUGACAUCGACAUCCUCGGGCGCCGCCUACAACGCCAUUGAUCCGAACUUGCUCAUCGAUGGAAGUAAUUGGUACCUCUCCCUCGGCAGCUUUUGGUCGGGCAUCAAACUACAGACGCUGAGCUCCAGCACUGGCAAACCGUCCUCGUCUGCGGUCUCCUCGAUCUCCCAGCGCGCCAGCCCCGAUGCGAUAGAGGCCAGCGUGAUCUACAAGUUUGGCUCGUUCUACUAUCUGUUCACCUCGUGGGACAAAUGCUGCCAAGGAACCUCGAGCACGUACAACAUCCGUGUCGGUCGGUCUACGAGUGCUACUGGCGGCUUCGUCGACCAGGCCGGGAUUGCUUUGACCAACGGCGGCGGGACCCUGGUGUUGGGCACUCAUGAUAGCAUCGUUGGGCCCGGGGGUCAGGAUCUCAUGACUGACGGCGACGGGCCGAUCAUGGUUUACCACUACUACACGUCGGCGGGAAGCUUCCUGGGCAUCAAUCGCUUGGAUUUCUCGAGUGGCUGGCCGGUCGUGGUGUAGCACGCAUCAUUAUCUGGAACGUCUUUCGAGCCACUUGUAAAUUGUAUCCGAGUCCCUUCCAUCGAACGAGAGAAAGAGCAUGUCACAGAUUGAGCACGGAGCACUGACACGUGAUCGUUAUGUAUUAGUCGGUUUGUUUCUUGAAUCUCUCGCCCCGCCGCGUGUCUCACUGGAACCACUUGAACACGACUCGAAUUCCGGUGCACUAUCUUGUGUGCGGGCGUCU